CCAAUGAAGACAAGCCAUGUCCUUUGCUUUUACUAAAAAUGGCCGGGCACUUUGCUUCUCUAAAAAAAUGCCAGGCACUUUGCUUCUCCUAAAAUGGCUAGGCACUGUCAGACGGAAAAGGAACAGAAGCAAGUCAAAAAGAAAUCCUUGGCUGGACGCGGAUCUAUGGUCGGGAGAAAGAGAGAGGAAAAUCGAAGGGUCCGGGGUAUUUCUAGGGUUCUCCUUUUGUAUGUAUUGCUUGGUUAUACAUAUAGCGCUAAAAGUCAGAGAGAGGACAUGUAUGUUUGUUCACUUUACUUGUAGAUCUGUGGAUUUGGGAGGAUUUGUUGAUGGAUUCUUAGUUGAAUGUGCUGUGGGUUUAAAAAAUAUUGAAUAUACAUGCAAAAUUUCA